UCUUGUCGAUGCUUUGUUGCUUUGUUGCUUUUCGUUCCAACGUUUUAUUGACUGGCUUAUAUUCCAGUCUGUACGCAUUAGUCUGCUUUCGUUCACCAUGUACAUUUUUCUUGUCGAUGCUUUGUUGCUUUGUUGCUUUUCAUUCCAACGUUUUAUUGACUGGCUUAUAUUUCAGUCUGGACGCAUUAGUCUGCUUUCGUUCACCGUGUACAUUUUUCUUGUCGAUGCUUUGUUGCUUUUCGUUCCAACGUUUUAUUGACUGACUUAUAUUUCAGUCCACACACAUUCAUUUGCUUCGGUUGCUUUCGUUGACCACGUAUACGCAUAAACACGUUCACUCAUUAGCUUU